AACGACAGCUGUGGUACUGCAGGUGUUGGUCGACAGUUUCAGAACUCGAAGAUGAAGGCUGAACAAGCUGAGAAACUUGAAUUCGUAAGAACUGCAGAAAAGCUGAAAACUCAGCUUGCAAAUAUAGAAAAAGACAAAAAUGGACCUCUUUACAAUAGGAGGAGUCAUUUCAGGGUAGAAUACAGCAUACUAGAGGAACUGGAAGAGAGCAUGACUGAAAAAAAGAAAGUAAAAGCUAAAAUUCUGCAGCAGCUCUCAAAAAUACGAAAUAAUGUGAAGAGACUUCAGCAACAAUUGAAAGAUGUGAAGCCUACACCAGAAUUUGUUGACAAGCUGAAGGAAAUGAUGGAAGAAGUUGAAAAUGCAGUCAAUGCUUUUAAAGAGGAACAGAGGCAAAUAUAUGAACAGCUUUUGAAGGAGGAAAAAACUGCCAUUAACGAGCUCCGUGUCUUUGAGAGAAAAGUGGAAAGGUGGGCAUUAGACAGCCAAACAACAGAAAAAGUGUUGAAAUUACCAUCAUCCAGGGGCUCAGUUGAUAAAACACUGGAAAAUCAUCUACCUGAAGGAGUAACAGAGUUUGAAAGAUUUCUUCAGCGAACAGGAGGGCGGCAAGGCGGCUGGGAUGAUUAUGAUCACCAAAGUUUUCUGAAAGUAUGGACAAAACACAAAGGAAGGGUGUCUUAUGUGGAUGAAGCCCUUGAGUAUCUCUGUGGAAGAACAAAAGAAGAAAUUGAACAGCAUGGCAAAUGGUAUCAAGAAUUUCUAAUUUUACAUGAAAGAAAGAAAGAGUCAAUUAAGAAGUGGAAAGAGAAGCAGCAGCAAGAAAAAGAAAGAACCUUGAAGGAGAAAGAGAAAUCAGAAAAAAUGCUCAAGGAAGAACAGCUACAGCGUGAAGAAGCGAAGAGGCAAAAGACAGGAGAAGAAAGAAAAAGGCAGCAAGCAGCAAUUGAAGCAUGGAAGAAGCAGAGAGCAGUAACAUUUGCAAGGGAGCAAGCAUCACAACUGAAACUGGAAGAAGAGAAGGAGAAAAAGCAACAAAAAGAACAGCAGCGGCAGUGGCACAUGAAGUUACUGUUGGAAAGGUAUACCUUGCAGAAGAAAGAAAAGGAGGAACUUGAAAAGCUUGAAGAGGAGAAGAGAAAGGAAGCUGAAAAGGCGGAACGGAAGAGAACCGCUGCGCAGGAAAUUACCAGGUUUCAGGAGCGUGACCUACAUAAACUGGAGCUGAGGAUUCUACAAAAACAAGCUAAAGAGCUAGAGAAACGAGAAAAAGAAAAAAGGCUGGCAAAGUUAAGAGAGAAGGUGGAGACGCACGUCCGCAGAGACCCGUCCAGGCUGCGCAGACCUACCAGGGGCUGGGAGGAACGCACCAGGGACAUCGCACCCACAGCGCCAGAACCGCCUUUACGCAUUCCUCACCGAGCUAUCCCAGCCUGGAGACAAGGGUUGUAG